AUGGCGUCGCGCGCGUUCCGUCAGGCGCACAGCCGCGCGCAGCCGACCGAGCGACCCGACAGCCGCACGCACAGCACCGACGGACCUGUCGCAGCAGCAGCCGCCGCCGCGGUCAAGCAGAACGAGCGCGAGCGGCUGGAGAUCGAGCGCCUCGAAGCCCGCGUGGCGGAGCAGACGCCCGCCCGGGGCUCGCAGCUCAGCGACGUCACGUCGUUCGACUUCUUUCCGCUGUCGGAGAACUCGCGACGGGGUCUGCGGAUCUGCGGCUUCGUGACGCCCACGAAGAUUCAGGUGGGCGCACUGCCGCACGCGCUCGCUGGGCGGGACGUGCUGGCGGCGGCCAAGACGGGCUCGGGCAAGACGCUGGCGUUCCUGUUGCCCGUGCUGGAGAAGCUGUUCCGCCUGCGCUGGAGCGUCGAAGACGGACUGGGCGCGCUCGUGGUGUCGCCGACGAGAGAGCUGGCGCUGCAGAUCUUUGAGGUGUUGCGCAACGUGGGCAAAGCCCACACGUUCUCGGCGGGUCUAGUGAUUGGCGGCAAGAACUUUCGCGAGGAACAGCUUCGUCUCGUGCGCAUGAAUCUGCUCGUGUGCACACCUGGUCGACUGCUGCAGCACAUGGAACAGACACCGGCGUUCGAUGCGAGCAACUUGCAGGUGCUGGUGCUGGACGAAGCCGACCGGAUCCUCGAUCUCGGCUUUCAGAAGCAGUUGACGGCGAUCUUGGAGCACUUGCCACCUGCGGGCGAGCGACAGACGAUGCUGUUUUCCGCGACACAGACCAAGUCGGUGAAAGACCUGGCGGCGCUAAGCCUGCGCGAACCCGAGUACGUGGCCGUGCACGAGCACUCGGCAAACGCGACGCCCAAGGGGCUCUCGCAGAGCUACGUGGUGACGCCGCUGGAAAGCAAAUUGGACGUGCUGCUGUCGUUCAUCAAGUCGCACUUGAAACAAAAGACCAUUGUGUUUUUGUCCACGUGCCGUCAAGUGCGCUACGUGCACAGCGUCUUUUGCAAGCUGCAGCCCGGCAUUCCGCUCUGUGCGCUACAUGGCAAGUACAAGCAAGGCAAGCGUGUGGAAGUGUACUAUGAGUUUUUGAACAAGCCGGCUGCAGUGUUGUUUGCGACGGAUAUUGCAGCGCGGGGACUGGAUUUCCCGCAGGUGGACUGGGUCUUGCAGCUCGACUGUCCAGAAGAUACGGCCAACUACAUCCACCGAGUUGGUCGAACGGCGCGGUACAACAAGCAAGGCAAAGCGCUCAUGUGUCUCGUGCCGUCCGAGGUGGACGGCAUGUUGAAGCGCCUCGCGAAUGCCAAGGUGCCCAUCAGUGAGACGAAACUCAAUCCAGCCAAGACCACGAGCUGUCGCCAGAAAGUGGCUUCGGUCGUAGCCGGCGACAAGGAGAUCAAAGCGCUAGCACAGAAGGCAUUCAUGUCGUACGUGCGCUCGGUGUACUUGCAGCCGGACCGGGAGGUGUUUGACGCGACGGCUCUACCGCUGGACGCGUUUGCCGAGUCAUUAGGACUUCCUGGUGCACCACGGAUGCCCUUCUUGUCCAAGAUGAAGGCCGAGCACGAAAAGGGUGGGAACGAGGCGCUGCGUGACGAGCUGCGUGGGAAGAAGAACGUCAACCGCAAGCUCCAGCAGCUCAAGGAGAAGAUCAAAGCCGAAAAAGCACGCAAGCGUCUGGCACGGCAGCUUGCAACGAUGGACCCGAAGGAACAGGACGAGGCGAUGCACAAGAUGGAGGUCCAGCAAAAACACGACGAGCUGGAGGAAGCUGAAGCCGAGGAAGACUCGCUCAUGGUUGUCAAACGCGUGCACAACUGGGCCGACGACAACGAGUCACUGGACCUGGAAGCUCUUGGUCUUGGCACGCACAAGCAGAAGAAGCAAAAGCGGCUGCGUGUUGACUCCGAGGCCAUCAACACGGCCAAGAUUGUGUUUGAUGACGACGGCAACAGCGGCACGAUCGCAGACCGUCUCGCUGCACGCGACAGCAGCGACAGGGACUUCACGAACAUCGAGCAGCACGCCCAGAAGUACACGGAGCAAGUCGCAGCCCGUCUGGCCGCCAAAGACGCCGACGAUCGUCGUCUCGAGAAGGAACGGGUGCGUGCCAAGCACCACAAGAAGCGCCUCCAAGUCAAGGGCGAGCGCGACGACGACGACGAGAGUCGUGACGACAAUGCCCCACGUCUUGCAGCACACUCGGACGACGACGACAUGAGUGGCAACGACAACGACGACGAGACCAGUAGCAACAGCAACAGCAGCAGCGACGACGGCGACGACGACCAGAAUGACGAUAGCGGCAAGAAGCGGACGGUCGACCGCCACGCAGUUGCCAGUCAAGAAGCAAUGGCGCUGCAACUGCUGCAGCACCGGUAG